GCCAUCCACGCGGACAUUUAAACUUUAAAGGGCCAAAGUGGACAGCUGGGUGUGUUCAUGCUGCGUGGGAGUGUGUGCUGUAUAAGCAUCCUCAUUCACUCACACACCGAAAGACAUAAGACACUCAAGGACUGUACCAUCUGAUCUCACACUUUAUUGAACUUUGGAUAACUUUAAUUUUACCUGCCAAAGACUCAAGAACCUUUGAGGCUUAAAGGAUAAACUGUCAUCUACAAGCUUUGAGUCGACCAUCCCUUCAGGAGCCAUGGGUGCAUUUAUUGCCAAGAUGCUGCUCCCUACAGUCAGCAGCCUGGUGUUCCUGCCUACAGCCAGCGUGGCCGCCAAGAGGGGCUUCCACAUGGAGGCCAUGGUCUACUUUUUCACCAUGUUCUUCACUGCGAUCUACCAUGCAUGUGAUGGGCCAGGUCUCUCCAUCUUGUGUUUCAUGAGAUACGACAUCCUGGAGUACUUCAGCGUUUACGGCACUGCACUCUCAAUGUGGGUCACACUUAUAGCUCUGGGUGACUUUGAUGAACCCCAGCGCUCCACUAUGACUAUGUUUGGAGUGUUAACCAUCGCUGUGAGGAUCUACCAGGACCGCUGGGGCUACGGGAUCUACUCCGGGCCAAUCGGAUCAGCUGUCUUCAUCAUUACUGUCAAAUGGCUGCAGAAGAUGAAGCAGCUGAGGGCGGUUUAUCCGGAGAAGACAGUGUACACGCAGCAGGUCGGUCCAGGCUGCUGCUUCGGUGCUCUCGCUCUAAUGCUGCGCUUCUACUUUGAGGAGUGGGACUACGCCUAUGUCCACAGCUUCUACCAUCUGUCUCUGGCUGUUUCCUUCGUGCUGCUGCUGCCAAAGAAGAACCGCUAUGCAGGGACGGGAGAGAACGCUGCUAAGCUCAGCUGCUUCACUCUCUGCUGCUGUACCAUGUCCCCCGGUUCUUCUAAAGAGAAGAAAGACAAGAAAGACAAACCGAAAAAGAAGUCAUCUCGGACUGUGUGGACGGUCCCCACAGAAAAGCCGUGGGCACGAGGCUGUAGCACCCCCACCCUGCCUCUUUAUAACCCCCCUCCAUCCACACCUGUCAAAGGGACCAGUAUCAGCAAGCUCAAAGAGAUGAACGGCUGGAAGUGAACCCAAAAACAUACCUACAUGUCAGUGUGCGUAAUUUCAUGCAGAAGAUCAGGCGUGGAUAAAGGUCAACUGGAAAAUCACCAAAUAACUGACAGAAUGCUGAUAGACUCGUAUAUGGCUGGUAAGUUAAUCUACUUCAGCAGGAAACCAACAAUCAUGUGGAUGUUCCCUUCUACUCCAAGAAAUCAUUUUUGGCUGGUAGAUUAUUUAAGGUCAGCAGCGACUUUAGGAAUCCACCAGCAGAUAAAGGAAAAAAAGUACAGAAUUAGGUCUCUGGUGCCCUCAGAGACCCGAUAAAAAACCCAGCUGUCUGAAGCUGAGGACAGGCAACACGCUACUAAAGAACACACGCAGCACGAACAGGGAGACGGUGGCUGAGACAAGCCAGUAAAACUGACUGGAAAAUUUAUGAGAAGAACAAACAGGCAGAUGGUUUAUCUCUCCAAAAUAUAUAAAUUGUCUUUAGAAAUGUUUCUCAGGGGAGACCCUUCGUCUGCUCGCCUCUGUCUGCCCUGUUCCCCUCCUCUUUUCUCUUUCCAGUUUCUCUCAAGGAAAGGAACCACGUGGCCUGUGAGAAUUAUAAGAUUGUAAAGCACCUUUUAGCAUUUUAUGCAUCUUUGAGGUGCCAAAUAUGUCAUGUGGAGCAUCAGUGACGCAAAGCAGAGGCCCAGACAUCAGUCUGAAGUGCAAUGUGUUUCUGGAGGGGCAGAUGGACUCUGACUGGACAGCUUUGACUAUAUUUGAACAUGUGUAAUAUACUGUUAUUUAUUAUAAUAUGAAAGGUUCAAUACUUUGUCUGAAGUGUUUUUGUUUUAUAAUGUUUCUAAAUGAAAAUAAAAAGUCAGGACUCUGUAA